GGGUUUUUUGGAGGGAAAUUAGGGUUGAGAGUGAAAAUGUAUUGAGUGUGUUCGAAUUGUUAAGGAUCCUGACUUCGUCACUCCUCCCCCUGUAUGCAGAAAUUGAGAUGUCUUCAGACGAGGCUAGGAGUGUAGUGGGAAGUGAGGUAGUGCCGUUGGAGUAUGGUGGCAUGGAUUCGGAGACCAGUCCGUCUCCAACUAGCUCGGAGAGGACGGUGGGGGAUAGAAUGGAGCAAAUAGUAAUAGAAGAGGAGGAGGAUGAAAUCCCCUCAAACAUUUUGGAGGCCGGGAAUGGCGUAGAUGGGUGUUAUGACCCAGAUUUAGAGGUAGUGGCCGAGGUGAGGGGAUAUGUGAGUGAGCUGGGUAGUAGGGAUAGCCUAAGGGCCCUUGUGGGUAAUUGCAACCUUCCUCAUCACGUCCUACUUAGACCUGCCGGGGUGAAUGAGAGGGCCUGCUCAGCACCCCGCGAUCAUUGGAUGCCCAUAUACGUGCAUUAUUUGAUGGCAGGGCUUAGGUUUCCCAUUCCAGAAUUAUUGAGUUCGGGGGAUUUUGCUCAGACAGAAUUUCUGAAAUUUGCACUUCAGUUCGGCUAUCAGAGCCACAUAUUUCACCAUCACAGGAUCAAUGACUUCACAGAUUGAGUUAAUUUGGUUCACCACCAGCUGGGAGUCAUUGUAUACUUGGAUUUCACUGAGUUUUAAUUCCAAUGCUAGCUGAAGACCAAGUAGCAGGGCUUCAUACUCGGCCAUGUUAUU